UUCUCCCCACGGAGCUCUCGGAUGUGAGAAAGGUGAGCAAGGAAGGCAGAUGGAGAUGAGGAACAGCCCGAGCCCCAUGCCCAGGGGCAUGGCUCCGGGUGACUCUGGAGAGGCAGGAACACUGCCCGCUUCUGAUACUGGCCUCCAGGACAUGGGUUCAGCCACUCAGCCGAAGGUGAAGCCCAAGAAGGUGCGCAAGAUCAAGGUACUCAUCAUGGACCUGGGCUCGCAGUAUUGUAAGUGCGGCUACGCGGGAGAGCCCAGGCCCACCUACUUCAUCUCCUCCACGGUGGGCAAGCGCUACUCCGAGGUGGCCAACGCGGGCGACACCCGCAAGCAGACCUACGUGGGCCACGAGCUGCUCGACAUGGAGGCGCCUCUGAAGCUGGUUAACCCACUAAAAUACGGCGUCGUGGUGGACUGGGAUUGCGUCCAGCACAUCUGCGAGUACAUCUUCCAUACGGCCAUGAAGAUCCUCCCCGAGGAGCACGCAGUGCUGGUCUCCGACUCCCCACUCAGCCCCAGCAGCAACCGGGAGAAGUAUGCAGAGCUCAUGUUUGAGACCUUUGGCAUCCCUGCCAUGCACGUGACGUGCCAGUCGCUGCUGUCCGUCUACUCUUACGGCAAGAUUGCAGGGCUGGUCGUGGAGAGCGGGCACGGCGUCUCGCACGUGGUGCCCAUCUCCGAGGGCAAUGUGCUGCCAGGCCUGACGGCCCGCGCUGACUACGCUGGAGGCGACCUCACCAACCACCUGCUGCAGCUGCUCAAUGAGGCCGGCCAGAAGUUCACGGAUGACCACCUGCACAUCGUCGAGCACAUCAAGAAGAAGUGCUGCUACUCAGCACUACAGCCCGAGGAGGAGCUCAGGCUGGGCCUGGAGCAUCUGCGUGUGGAAUACGAGCUCCCUGACGGCAAGCUCAUCACCAUUGGCCAGGAGCGCUUCCAGUGCGCCGAGAUGCUCUUCAAGCCCACCCUGGUGGGCAGCAACCAGCCCGGCCUCCCCGCACUCACGGCCACCUGCCUGGGCCACUGCCAGGAGGCGGGCUUCAAGGAGGAGAUGGCCGCCAACGUGCUGCUGUGUGGUGGCUGUACCAUGCUGGAUGGCUUCCCCAGGCGCUUCCAGAGGGAGCUGAACAUCCUCUGCCCUGGGGACAGCCCCACAGUGGCUGCCGCUCCUGAGAGGAAGACGUCUGUGUGGACCGGUGGCUCCAUCCUGGCCUCCCUGCAGGCCUUCCAGCAACUCUGGGUCAGCAAGGAAGAGUUUGAGGAGUGGGGCAGUGCUGCCAUCUACAAAAAGUGCUGAGGGGGGCCAGGCCUUAUGGGCAGUGACCUCAGGCCACUUUAUACAUUUACAGAAUUUCACAUAAAAUUUUA